AGCAGCAGUCAGUUUUGAGGUUUUCUCCGUCGCGGUCGUUUCGUCGGCAUCGGUUCUGGGAAAAAGGGGUGAAAAAAAGAAAAGAAAGGGCCACCAAAAUUGUGCGUGUGAGUGUGAAAAAGUGGUUCGUUCCAGUUUCCGGUGCUGCCGUUCCGGAUUGCGGUCAAGUUACCUUCGCGGGGAGGGCGAUGGCCGGGCAGUUUUGAGUGAUUUUGUCGAAAUUUGAGCCGUGAAAAGGUUGGAAAAAUUCGUGUGAUUGAGAGUGAGUGGGGUGCAGAGAGGCCACCCAAAAAAAAGUCGUGGCAGGCGUUGCGAAAAAAGUGAGGAAAGGCGAAGAAGAAAAAUCAAUUUGACAGCACACAGGCUAACGAGAAACUUCCGGGCGAAGCCGGAAUAACGGGAACCAGAGAUUCCGUGGAUUGCCCCAGCGAGCCAGCCAAGACAGCCACCGUGGCCAGCAUAAGCAUCAGUAGUAGCAGCAGUGCCAGCGGCAAGGCCAAAAUGGGCAAAACCAAGAUCCAGUGCAGCCGGUGCCAGAAAAAGUGCUCCGGCGAGGUGCUGCGCGUCACGGACCGGUACUUCCACAAGACGUGCUUUCAGUGCACCAAGUGCAACAAAUCGCUGGCGACCGGCGGCUUCUUCUCCAAGGAUGGCGCCUAUUACUGCACCCUGGACUACCAGAAGCUGUACGGCACCAAGUGUGCGGCCUGCAGCCAGUACGUCGAGGGCGAGGUCGUGUCCACGAUGGGCAACACAUAUCAUCAAAAGUGCUUCACCUGCAGCAAGUGCAAACAGCCGUUCCAGUCUGGCAGCAAGGUCACCAACACCGGCAAGGAGGUUCUGUGCGAGGGCUGCGUCAAAGGACCGUCGACUGCGGUGACAAAUGCAGCGGUGACGGCCCCCAGCGGACCCACGAUGGCCACGACCAUCGCGUCCACCACAUCACCAAAGAGACAGAUCGAGCAGAAGCAGGAGCAGAAGACGAUCAAGGAGAUCACGUCGAGUCCGACGCGGGCGGCCACCCUGCAGCACCACCAGGAAACGGUCCGGAAGCAGCAGCAGCAGAACGGGCUGGGCAAGGACGUCGACCCGAACGAGUGCGCCGGCUGCCAGCAGCAGCUGAAGGAGGGCCAGGCGCUGAUUGCGCUCGACCGGCAGUGGCACAUCUGGUGCUUCAAAUGCAACGCGUGCGGCAUCACCCUCAACGGCGAGUACAUGGGCAAGGACGGCGUCCCGUACUGCGAGAAGGACUUCCAGAAGUCGUUCGGCGUCAAGUGCGCGUACUGCAACCGGUACAUUAGCGGGAAGGUGCUGCAGGCCGGCGACAACCACCACUUCCACCCGACGUGCGCCCGCUGCACCAAGUGCGGUGAUCCGUUCGGCGACGGGGAGGAGAUGUACCUGCAGGGCGGUGCCAUCUGGCAUCCCCGGUGCGGCCCGGGCCCGUCGUCGGCCGAUUCCGCCGCGCUGCUGAACGGCGUCGAAAGCAACGGGUUCAACACGGAGACGGAGUUUGACCGGACCAGCACCAGUGCAAUGAGUGAGAUUCAGUUUUCGUUACGUUCACAAACACCAAGUUUGAGUGGUUCUGUUUAUAGUCCUUACACGCAUAGAAAGUAUCACCGCACCACCAGUCCCGGGCUGAUCCUGCGGGAGUACAACCGUCAGGGUUACGGCGACGACAUCGCCCGUAUCUACACGUACAGCUACCUGACGGACGAGCCGCACUAUCUGCGCAAGCCGAUCGAACCGUACGACAAGGCGCCGGUUUCGCCGCACUUUCACCGACCGCACCAGUACGGCGUCGGGCCCCGGUCCUCGUCCGGAUCGCGCUCGCACUCACGCAGUCGCAGCGCCAUGAAGGUGCUGGUCGACAGCAUCCGGUCGGAGACGCCGCGGCCCAAGAGUCCGGGCAUGAACAACGAGGAACCGAUCGAGAUGAGCCACUAUCCGGGCGCGAAAAAGCCGCCGCCGGGCGAGAAACCAAAGAUCGAGCGGGACGACUUCCCGGCGCCACCGUACCCGUACACGGACCCCGAGCGGCGCCGCCGCUACUCGGACUCGUACAAGAACAUUGAGUCGGACGACGAGGUGGACCACCAGGCGAAGCACCAGCAGCAGGUGGGCGCGGGCCGCGAGGACAAGGAGAACCAGACUGAGCGACGCCUACGCAAGGAGGAGGAAGAGCUGAGCAAGCUGAAGUCGUCGGGCAUGGGCAAGGUCAUCCUGAAGGACCUGCAGGAGCAGAAAAAGUACGAAACCUGGAAGCGGGAGAACCUGGAUCCGCGGAAUGCGUCCCGCACCCCGUCGGCAUCGAAGGAACCGACCUACCGGCUGCGGUACGAGUCCCCGGUCGGUGCGUCCCCCUCCCGCAACCUGGACCACCAACGAGCGUCCGAGGAUGAAUACUUUGACCGAUCGACCAGCUACCGCGGCUCCGUGGGUCGUGCCAUCGGCAACGCACCCAGCUACAACGUGGUGAGUUCCUUACGACAAGUACCUAAACCGGGUUACGGCUUGGCCCCUCGUUCGCAUACCUUCAGUUCCGCUACCGGUUCCGCUCACGGUGUUCCUGAUUUCUCGUUCGGUGGACUCGGAGAUAAGACCCACAGUACGGAGUUCAGCUGCGGCAAGAGCGACAUCUCCGUCGACUCGAUAACGGACGGCGACCGGCGCGCCCUCGGGGCGGACAUUCCCGCCUCCAGCACGUACUCGGGGGCGCUGUCCUACCACUACCCGCAGCAGCCGAUCCGGCGCAGCCUGCCGAACAUGGCGCACUCGAUGCUGGUGCACGAACCGGCCAAGAUCUACCCGUACCAUCUGCUGCUGAUCACCAACUACCGGCUGCCGGUGGACGUGGACCGGUGCAACCUGGAGCGCCACCUGUCGGACGUCGAGUUCGAGGCGAUUCUGCAGUGUUCCCGGGCCGAGUUUUACCGUAUGCCCCAGUGGAGACGCAACGAAAUUAAGCGACGUGCGCGUCUGUUCUAAAGCUUCCCGAAAGUCACCAAUCAAUCGUACUAUUUUGAUUUAUCAUUUUCGACGAACAAUUGUGAACUAUUACUACUAUUAUUACUAAUUAAUCCCUCCCUCUUUCCCCUCUCCACCUUCUGCUAAUUGCUAGAAGCUGUGCGAUUAUAGGCGCGAGAUUGUCUAAUCGCGAAAACAAAACAAAAAAGUCGAGUCAUCUCCCUUUUCUUUAUUUACUAUGUUUUACUUUCUAACAAAAUAUUAGAAAUAUAUAUAUAUUUCCUCCCCUCCUCGCGUAUGGCAAGCGAUAAUACAUUUAUAAAGAUUUGAUGGACGGUGAAGAGCAAAAUAAAAUUAAAAGAAACAAAAAAAAACCGUUUUCGAGCGAACGAUAAGACGAUAACUAUUUAUAUAAUUGAGUAUAAACCUAAAGUAAAUAUCAUCUUGCUUUCGCUUCAGACGCUACUAUUGUGUAAUUGCAAAACAAAAAAGAAACAACAAAAGCAAACAAAUAAAAAGAAAAACAAAACAACCCUAUAUUUUUAAUCUAAGCUAGAGUGUAGAGACAAAUUAAAAAAAAGGAAGCAGCAAGUCAAAGCUGGAAACACACAUAAUAGUAUAUGCUUGAAAAGAAGAAGAAGUUGAUAACGAUGGGAUACGAGUUGCAUUUAUGAAACAAAAGUUCUGGCGCUAAAAUCUACCAAUCUAUUGAUUUAAUCCGGGCACGACGAAAACAGUCGCCUAAUUUUUUGUUGUUUAGUUUUUGAGCGUUAUUUAGAGCUGUGUAAAUAAACCAUUUAAAAUGAAAGAGAAAUAGUCAAAACACACACACUACUAAUCACGAGUACACUUUGAGAACUACAACUACAACAGAGAUAGCCUUAACAAAUUUAGAAAGAUGAUGAUAACAAAACAAAAAAAAGGGAAACCAAUUUACGAUAAGUUUUAAUCAGCGUAAAACUAUAUAUUUAUAACUAUUUUAUUUAUAAUCAUUCACACAAUCAAAGAACGAAAAAAAAGGUUUAAAGAACAAAUUGUUGCCUUGUUCGCUUUGCCAAAAUGGGCAACCACUCUUUGGAGCAAUUCUCUGAGAAUUUGAAAAUUUAUCGUAUCUUUGAUUUUUUUUUCAUGCUGUUUUGGUAGUUGUUUAUUCAAAAAUGCUUUUAAAAUAUUCAAUAUUCUAUUCUAUUGCCGGACGCUCCAAUCUCCAUCAUGCAUCAGAGCCAAGGAAAGAGAUUUGGAUGACGGAAAGUGUUGAAGCUCCUCUUUUUUAAGAGGACAAGGGAAUAUCUCCACGGCUACCCAAAUAAGUUUCGCUAGGAAUUGGACGGUUUGUGGGAUACGCUCUAAGCAAACGUUACGCUCAAUGGCACUAUGUGUUUAAGGGUUAUAGCUUUAUUCUCAAGGCAAGCAAUCGGAUUCUGCUGUUGAGACACUUCCAGUUUAUUUCAAGUGGAAGGUUAGUAUUUUAUAAGAGUGAUUUUUUUUUCUCAAGGCAAACAAUGGAAUGCUGCUUUAGAGACUGUUUAAUUCAGCUGAUGGAUAUUUAGAAUUACCAAAAUAUUCUUUAUUAGAGAGCCUCAAAGUGCAGAGAAAUUGUUGAUUUCUCAGGAACGACGCAAAUUUUUUGCAAUCUUUUAAAAAACAAUAUGUAUGUUUUGUUCAGAUUUACAAAAUGCUUUUUGAAGCUAGAAAAAAUAUUGUAUGGUUUAAGAGAAACGGACAAAAUAAAAAGCAUAACGCCAUCGCGUAAAAAGAGGUUUCUCUGUAAAGCAUACUCUGGGAAAAAUCAAAAUUGCUGUAAUUUUAUUCCACACAAAAAGCUUGGAAAAUCAGUUAAAACAUGUCCCAGAAAUAGUAAUAUUUUUUAAGCAAAUUCUUCAAACUCAAGAUAUUUAAAAAAAGAUGGUAUUUGAAGUUUCAAAAUGGGUUACAAAUUGAUUUUUGGCAAAUUUUUAGAUCGAGGCCGCCCGCUUAAAUACCACUUUUUAUGCGAAGGCGUUACAUCGUCAACUUUUCUUAAAACCGAUAAUCAUUAGAUCUGCACAAGACGUACAAAUUGCUCUCAAAAAAUGGCAAAUAUGUUGCGUCGUUUUAGAGAAAUCGACCAAAUACAAAACGUAACGCCUCAGAGUAAAAAGAUAAUUCUCUGUACCCGAGCAGACGGAAAUAACUCGGGAAUAACAUUUUUUGAUAUUUUAAAAUACUAGGCCAAUAACAUUUUAUGUUAUUUAUAACAAGAUUUGUUAUUCGUAUUUAUGAUUUUUUUUGUUAUUGGAUUGUUAUUGUGAUAACAGACUUAUAACAUUUUUAAGUUAUUCUUCGAACAAAUCUUUGUUAUUAUUUUUUGUUAUUUUUACAACUAAUCCGAUCUUCUCAAUAACAGUUGGAGGUUAUCUUCCAUAACAAAAAAUGUUAAUUCCAAGUUGUUUUGUCUUUCAACCAAUAUCAGACCAAUAACAAAUUUUGUUAUGAUAACAUAAACUGUUAUCAAGAAGAUUUCAUAACACUUUCUGUUAUUUUAACGGUAUUUGUUAUUGAAAUGGUAUGAAUUGUGUGCCCAGGUGUUACCAAUAGAUGGCAGCCCUAAACUUCAAAGUGUUUGUACUAAGCGUUAUCCAUAACACUUUCUGUUAUUUUAACAGUAUUUGUUAUUGAAAUGGCAUGAAUUGUGUUAUUACCGUCUGCCCGGGUAGCGAGCCGUCUGUCGAGUUCAGAAAUUUUUUAAGUUUAACAGAAGUUGCCUAAUUAAUGGCGUCCCGUUUCGCCUUAAAUAUUUUUUAGAUUUUAUUUUCGAAAAUCAUGCUUUGACAAAAAAAAAAAUCUUUAAAUCCAUUCUCAAAAUACAGUCCAGACUCGAUUAUCCGAAGGCCUUGGAAAAAUUUCACUUCGGACAAUCGAAUCACAAUUUUUUUUUGUUGUUGUCUUAUUUUUGAUGGUCGGGCUUAAGUAUGACUCAUACACUACUCUAAAAUGAUUUAGAAUUAAAAAAUCCAAGAUGGCGGCAAAAAUGGCGGAAAAUUGUAUUUUGCAAUCAAAUAUUCAAAUUUUACUUAAAUGGGGUCGCAGAACUCGAAUUUGAUGUUAAAAAUAAGAAAAUAACAAAAUACCGAAAAAAAUGUCGUGAUUCGAUUAUCCGAAAACCCAAACAAACCUUCUGAUAAUCGAGUCUGAACUGUAAUGAUUUUUGAACAUUGUCAUAAUUAUUUUGUUUGGACAGCUGCCGAAAACGUAUCGAGACUUGUUUGCAGGAACAAAUGAUGCAAAAUGGCUUCUUAGGUUAGGAAAGUAAAGUUUCAGCCAAUUUAAAACAAAUCAAAAAUUUCAAAAAUUCUCAGACGAAUUGCUCCUUUUGAUCAUCACACACCAAAACUGAACUAAAAUCAAACCACAAAAAAAAAAAUCAAGUUCGUUUCAACUCGCACAACGAAAAUCCCAGGCUUCGUGAGUGUGUGUGAGGUAAGAUUUGAGACAAAACUAGGCAGCACUCUCUGUGUUCAGCGGUAAGAUUCACCUUAAAAGUGCCCCCACAACCACUUGAGCGCUUGAACUAACGCGGGCAAACAACAGCAAAAAAAAAGUGUGAUUCAGCUAAAAGGCAGCUUACAUGAGUGUUGGAAAACUUGCUUUCACGCUGUAAUUGUGGUAACUUAAGUGAGGAGAAGAAGAAGAAAUGGAAACUACUGCCAUAGAAGGGAGAGAACAUCCAACUUACAAAAAAAGAAAAAAAAACAUCACCAGAUUAGUGUUGAAACAGAAGCAUGAAUAACAUCCAAACCUUAGCAAUAAAUGUGGUAAGUGAAAUCAAAACAAGCAAACUGUGCAAAUGGUUAUAAUGAUGCAAAACAAAAAGGAAAAACUAAGAUAUUUUAGGCAACUAAACGGAUUAUAGUAGAGGAAACCGGUCUUUAAUGAUAUUUUUCAAACACACAUACCCACACACAAGCCCACACAUAAUGUAAUAGCAUUAGAUUGUAGAAGUGUUUGCAUAAUUGCCUAAGAAACUUGUUCUUUUGCCACCUUGAAUCCUAGCGCGCGACUAAGCAAAUUUAAAAACAUAUUAAAAAGAAAGAAAAAAAGUAUUCAAAACAUCGUUUAAGCGAAAAUCAGGACAAGAAAUAACAAACAAAAAAAAUCAAACAUCACUAAUCGCGAUUUGAGAGCAAACACUGCAGAAACAAAAAAGCAAGCAAAUAACUGCGAAGCUCGCAGUUCCUUUUUUGUGUUUGAAAAAUAAAGAUAGAGAGCUAUUUAUUGGGAAUGAA